AGCCCUUAACACCGGUCAAUUAAAAGAUCGAUUAAGACAAUUAGAAGCAUUUGGUGAUAUGAGUGUUCAUCCUUCUGAAGAGGCGCGAUUGUCACCAGUUGAAAAUGUAAUUUUUGAUAUAGAAAUUAUGGAAGAUUUAGAUGCUAGUGCUGCACAAAUUCUCAUAGAAAUAGUAGAAGCUUAUCACAGCCGUAAAGUCAAUGUUUUCUUUGUAAAACUACGUGAAAACUAA